UCUGCUGAUCUAUCUGCGUCAGUCGAAUUCCAAUUCUCACCCAGUGCCUGCCGCAAGCUCGUCCGUCCUACGUUGAUACCAUUGGAGGCCGGGCCGCCAUGGCCGUGACGCCGGACCAGCAGCAGCCACCACCACCAGCAGGGGCCUCCUCGACACCUCCUCGCCUCCUCGUACACGUACACGAAACCACCCUCGUGCCGCCGUCUCCAUCGCCGCCGGAGACCUCGCUCCCGCUCACCUUCCUCGACGUCUUCUUUCUUCACUCCACGCCCGUCAAGCGCCUCUUCCUCUACCGCCUCGCCGGCCCCGACGCCGACGUCGCCGCCAUCAUCUCCAGCCUCCGGGACUCGUUGCACCAGGCCCUCCGUGCCUUCUACCCGCUCGCCGGCCGCGUCCGCCUCACCCCCGGCACAUCCGACCGCUACGAGCUGCACUACCGCCCCGGUGACGCCGUCACCUUCACCGUCGCCGAGUGCGACGACGACAUGCACUUCGACGGCCUCACCACCGACGAGCCGCGGGAGGUUGCCAAGAUCGCCGCGCUCGUGCCGCCGCUGCCCGACGGCGGCAAACUGCUCGCCGUUCAGGCCACGCUCCUUCCCGCGCGCCGAGGUCUCGCCAUCGGCGUCACUGUGCACCACGCCGCCUGCGACGGCUCUGGAUCCACGCACUUCCUCCACACCUGGGCGGCCGCCUGCAGAGGCGGCGCCGCCGAACCGUCGUUGCCGCCGCCGCCGCCGCCGCCUGUCAUCGACCGGACUCUCCUCCCCGACCCAAGGCGCCUGUACGACGUCUUCGUCCAAGCGGCGCCGAGCAGCCAAGAGCUGGAGUUCAUCAAGGUGUCCGCCGACCAGCUCUUGGCCACGUUCGUGCUGUCCAAGGACGACCUGACGCGCGUCAAGGACGUCGUGGCCGACGAGGCUACGAGGCGCGGCGUCGCGCCGCCCCGGUGCUCCUCUCUCGUCGCCACCUUCGGCUUCGUCUGGUCGUGCUACCAGCGAGCCAAGAACGGCGGCGGCGGAGAGGGCCCGAUGAUGACCUGCAUGGUCAUAGCCGUCGACCACCGCUCGCGGAUGAAGCCUCCCCUGCCGGACAAGUACCUGGGCAACUGCGUCGGCCCAGCGUUCGCGCUGGCGCCAACGGGCGAGCUGGCCGUGGCUGGCGCAGGCGGGCUCUUCAGCGCGUGCGCCGCCGUCGCCGCCUCCAUUGACGAAGCUGUACGCGACAUCGGGACGUCGAGCAUGGAGGCGUGGAUGGACCGGAUCAAGGAGGUGCUCCUGAUGGAUUUACUCACCGUGUCCGGCUCGCCGAGGUUCCGCGUCUACGACCUGGACUUCGGAUUCGGCCGACCGGCGAAGGUGGAGGUCGUGCCCGUGACGAGGACCGGCGUAGUGGCGGUGGCGGAGAGCCGGGUUGGGGACGGCGGGAUAGAGGUGGGGGUCUCUCUCCAGCCGGCUGCCAUGGGGAGCUACAAGAAGUGCUUCGCGGAUGCUAUCGCGUGGCUCCACCAGAGAAGACAUGAGAGCGACGACUCGUUCUAAAUCUGCAGAAACGGAAUCUUUACCGUGUGAUGAAAAGGGGGCCUGCCAUAUGUCAGGUGUCUGAAAUUUCACAUCUAAUCAGCCGUUGAUUCUCAUUAAUUACAUCUAAAUCAAAUGGUUUUGGAGUUUCUUUUUUCCUUUGUAUGUUUCCUUUCCGUUGUCCGGUGUCUUUGGUUGUGCGUUUUCAGACGCCUACUAAAUUUUAGUACAUUUUAGCAAGUGUGGAUGAAAAAAUAA